GGAGAUAGGUGCGCGCGCGCGCAAACUAGCCGCGCACACCACGUAGUAUACACGCGCGCAUCUCAGCUCAUCGCGCUCUUUGCGACCUACACCCUUAUCACCACGGAUUAUAGACCGAAAUGCUGUACGCGUCCAGCUGACGUGUGACCUAUUCUCAAAAAUUUGUUUUCCGCUCGUUUCGAAAUCUUCGUGUAUUGUUUUCAGACUUUUCUUUAUGAAUAUUUUUCUACAUGAAAGUGAAGUGCUGUGUGUAUAGAAGUGAAGUGUUUGAAUGUUUUGUUUUGGAUGGCGCACUGAAAAUUUGUGAUCAAUAGUGUGACUGUCAAGAGGUUUGGAUGAGUGUGAAGUGAUUGGUGUCAAUAAAUUGAGGGAGCAAAUAAGUGCAAGUGAGUGUGUAGUGUAGUGAAGUUAGCAACAAUGGCAAGCAAGAUGAUGACUCUCUACAGGACCAUUAAAGGGACCAGCACGACCAAAAGGAAGAAAAGAGAACGAAGUUUAGGGCCAUUCGAGGCAGCGGCGGGUAGCGAGAUGGUGUCCCGACGACGUAUAUUGUCGCGAUCUCGCGACGACCUCACCCAGGCUGCACAAUUAGAAGAAGAGGAAGAUGUGUGGUAUCAAAAAGACAAACUUUAUAAGGAACACAUACAGGAAGUGCUAGACAAAUGGACACAGAUCGACGAUGAGAUCUGGGCAAAGGUUAUAGUUUUUGAAAAGAAUCGGCGCGUCGCGAAGGCGUACGCACGUGCCCCGGUCCUCACCAUAAACGGCUCCGACGAUGGCUUCGACGGCAUGAGAAUUGGCCUUUGCGGGUUUAACAAUCCACACAGAGACCAGAAGACAGAAGAAGUGAAAAGACACAUAGGGCAGGGUGUCAAAAUAAAAAUGGACGACGCCGGUAACAUACUCAUCAGGCGCUACUCUAAGAGUAGUGUAUUUGCGAAGAGUACAGCAGCAACUGCCAACGAGGAGACAGCUAUAGGACAGGACAUACUGAAACUGCCUGGCUAUUCGCUGGAACAGGAAAAAAUAUUUAAGCUAUUCGAUAUGAAGAAAUUCCAGUCAAACGUAAACCGUGAGCUGAGACGCGCGUAUCCAGACCGCAGACGGCUGGAGACGCAGUGCCUGAGCGCUGUGGCCUUCGUCAAAAGUGAGGGGGACCUGCUGGACUGCCCCAUCUGGGUGCUCGUCAUCAACGUCGUGGCUAUGGACAUGCUCAAAUCAAAACUGCCCCCAGUUCAAAGACCGAUGGACAUCAAGAACAGGCCUCGCAUCCCGAUCCCUGACGAGGACCCUUACAGCAUCGCUAGCUCGAACGCCAAUGGCUCCGGGUCCAGUGGGAGCUCUGGGGGCUACGGGCACGGCAACGGUCACAGCGUGGUGGCGGCCACCAGGGAACAGCUCAUGAUGCAGAUGGGCCAGAGGCGGGGCGACAAACCACCCAAACUGCCCCCGAGGGAGAACGGCUAUGGGCCCGCUGACAUACCCAAGCCUGACUACGAUGACAUAGAGGAGAAUGGGCGCGUACCCACACAAUUCCCACGCGGAAAAUCUGAUAAGGGCAAAGAUAACAAGAAAUACGAUGACCCGUACUACUGUGGAUUACGGGCUCGCGUGCCGAACUUCGUGAAGGCGAACGGGGCGAAGCACGUCCUGCCGGCGAUGACUGAGCGUCUGACAUUGAAAGAGUCCCCGGUGCCGGUGCCCAGUAAGCGGUACAGCGUGGCGCACGCGCACCCGGGCCCCUUCCCCCCGCACAUGGCUCCCUACGCCCACGCGCCCAUGCCGCCCGCCGCUUUGUGGCACGCGCGCUCCUACGAGAGCGGAAUCGGUGCGUACAACCCACCCCCCAGAAAGGAAAAGCUCAUGUACCAAUUCUAUCCUAACAGGGACGCCCGCCUCCGACCCAUCGUCAUCCAGCAGCCGCGCUAGGUGUACAUAAACAACUUUAACCGCCCACAAUAUAUUACACCGCCCCAACGCGGAACCUCCGCUCCAAUCUAACUUGAUGGAGAACACUAUGACCCAUACGCGCUAUACGGGCGGCUACCGAUGCCCGGGCGCGGCUUCCCUCCACCCCCGGCACCUAACGCUCGCCACAUGUUCAUCGGAGAAUGGGACUAAACGCCUCGACACUUGCACUGGAUUGCGAUCAAAGUCCCUUGAAUCCUUGAAUACCGUUACAUCGAUAUCGCAUUAGAGCUUACUAUCUAUUGUACAUAGAAGUUUUAGCUGACUAAUGUUUAACAGUUUAGGCUUUGAUGCUGUUUACCUUGUUGACGUUUUUGUCAUCAGUCACAAAAAUUACAUUCCAAUCUUUGUGAUGAUGGAAAUUAAUUUUAACGAAAUUUUUAAAUAACGAAAGCUCUAAUCUUAUACUACGUUACCAGUAGUGUGUUGUAUUAUUUGAACAUUCAAUAUUGCUGUAACUGUAUUCACUACUUAAAUUAAAGUGUCCUGAAGAACAUGUAAAUAUUUUUCACUUUUUUAUGUAAGCUAUGCUGAAAUCGAAUCGUUUCGGUCUUUCGCUUGCAAAGUUGUUAUUUUGCGAUAGUAGGACUUAGCUAUUUGCAAUUUUCAAACAAUUUAAAACUAACAAUUUUGUCAAGUGAAUUUUAAUCGAAAAUAAUGUAUAUUUCCGAAUUUAGUGCUUGAAGAUUUGUAUCGGACAUAUUACGUAAGGAAUGUGAAAUUUUCAGAAUAAAGUUGAAGUAAUGCUUUGUUUAAAAAUUUUAAGAGUACAUAGUUAUAAUUUUUUAAUAAUAUGAUAUUUUAUUAAAAUAAUCACUGCCACAUACAUUCACGAUAUCAGUGUGUUCAACUCGAUUACGUGUCUUUUUUAUUAUUAAUGUUUUUUUAUUAUUAUUAUUUUAAGGUGUCAAUCCUAGUCAAAACAGGGUUGGGAAUACGAUCAAUCAUUAGGUGUUAUUUAAAUUAUAUGACGACGUUGAUACAAUAUCUCACACAAGAUAGAUCUUGCGAAAUCUAGACACAGUAACCUGAAUUUUGUUUAUAAUUGAAAAAUACGAAACAUGAUAAAGAUCUAAAUAAUAAAUAAAUUAUUAUUUUGUCGAAUCAAAAAGAUGUUUAAAACGCUCGCACAUGUAGAUAAUUCUAAUAAUGCAAGUCGGUACCUACCAAGAAAAUUUUCUGACUUCGGAUCCUACAAUGCCAACGCCUGUAAAAGCUAUUUCAAGGUUUUAUCGUGUGUUACUUUAUUGUAAACAUGACUUGAAAUUGUUCUAAAAUCUAUCGUACUCUUUAAGGUCGUGUUUUGCUGUUUUUGAGUCUUUUUCACUUGCAAACAUAAAUAUAAAAUACUAAAUUAAUUAUCUCUUGUGACAUAAAAAGAUUCAUGUAUGGUACCUACAUAGUUUUAUUUUUAUUUUCACAUAUUAUCGAUUGUAUUAUUAUGAGUAAUCAUCUUUUGUAAAUAGCUCAUGAAAUUAGGUUAGAUUUAAAUCUAGAUAAUGUUUAUUAUAAUAAUACAAUUAUGUCACAAGUAUAUAAUUUUGUACUUAUAAAUAUCGAAUCUGAUUCGAUGGUUUUUAAGUACGUUAGUGUUAAAAAUUACAUGUGUAAAUAUUUUAUGUAGAAUAGGUUUCAUUUACAAGUAAAUAUUGUGUUGAAUUGCCUAAUUUACAAGAUCCUUCAAUACUCAAUGAAAUAAUUUUAAUUACUUAUUAUUUAGUUUAUGUUUUAAUUGAUUAACGUAACAAUCAAUUGAUAUUUGUAAUUUAUUAAAUCAUUGUUUUCGAAAAAAAAUGUAAAUUUUAUAGACACGCCUAAUGCUAAGAAUAAUAUUCAUUUUAGUACUUAGAUGGCUUCAUACUUUUGUGGACUUAUUUUAAUAUUUUUGUACAUGUUUCUUUCUUUUUCAAAAUUUUUGUUUCGGAGGUGCUAUGCAUGUUACCAUAUUUAGACAGUAUAUUACAUUAGUUGUAUAAAUAUUAAUAUUAGAUUUAUAUAAUAUUCUUGCUAAAUAUAUUUCAAUCAAUACCUACUAUUUUCUUCAUAUGCCUAUUAUUAACGAAGAUCAAAAUAUUUUUUUCCCGCAUACAAGAUGUAAAAUGUUUAGCGAUCAUAAAUUUUAAAGUUCUUUGCAAAACAUGUAAAGUUUUUUUUUAUAAAGAAUUUACUAUUUAGCUAGAUGUAUAAUAUAAUUAUCAACAUCCAAAAUGUAUCAUGUAUCGCAGGGUGUUGGUCGAGUAACCUAUUUUAAGGAAACAUGUGUAUGAGUAAAUAUAAAAUUAUUUUUAAUAGACAAUACUUUUUUUACCCUUUGCUAUUUUUCUCACUACAUUCUACGAAGAAAAACUUAAGUACACAUUUGAUGUAGGCAAGAAAAUUGUUAAACUUCUCAUUGUUUUUUAUACUCUCCUUCACCAAUCCAUCUCUUUAUUAGAUAUUUUAUAUAGUUUCUUGCUUCUUUAAGCUCUUCUGGGUCAUUAUCUCUAUCAGAAAACAAAUCUCUACAGUGAGAUGCCUGACUAAUUCUUUUAGCUGGAGCCUCGUACGAGACAUCUUCUAAAAUGCCAAGUUUACUCCAAGGAUCCAUAUUGCCAUUAACAAAGACAACAUUAGUAACAUUUGGCUUUAAACCGCCAUAAAAAUUAUUACUUUCUUCGACACCCCUUUUAACUCUCAUUUCAUCAAAGUUAGAACCAAAUAAUUUAGUACACAUAUUGUAAUAUAGUUCAAUGGGAAUAUUUUUCGUAAAAGGUUGCUUAUCUGAAGAGCUGGUUUGAAAAUAACUGAAUUCUGUGCAAGUUUGAUAUAUCCACGCAGUUAACCAAUCAAUAUUUUUCAUACUCGUAAUCAUAUCGUCAAAUUCAUAGGAGUUACACUCACUUUUCUCGUUCCAAGUCAGGCUGGGCUCUUCCAUUUUCCUUAAAUUGGAUGUAAAAUUACUGUCACAAAAGUUUUUUACGGCACGAGGAUUGCCAUAUUGCGAAAUAUACAUAAAUUGAGAAGCUUUUUCCAUGAAAUAUAGUUGUUUGUUCAGCGGUUUCGUCAUAUCACAACUAUCACAAAUGUUUUCCUUUUUCUUUAGUAACUUAACGCCAUCGUUAGUUUUAAAAGCAUUUUCAUAAUCAGCAAAAGUUUUCGCUAUUUUAUUCCAACAACCUGGAGAACCAUAUUGUUCAAAAUCCUCACUAACCGUUUCGAGAUAUUCAUAAAAGUCUAAUUUUGCUAAUACUGGGGCACUGCUAGCUAUUGCAGCGUCAACGAAAUUAGGGUAAAGCAUUUUCAUCCAUGCAGCUAGGUUACCCGAGUAAGAACCACCUACGACAACUACCUUAGAUUUCUCAAACUUAGAUGACGAUUUGAUUGUUUUCAAUAGAUGAGCGAAGUCUGCUAAAGCUUGCCUGGAACUGAGAAAUUCCAAAUUAUCCGGCGUGAAAUCUGCAAAUGGUUUACUUUUUCCGUAGUAUCUAUGUUCACUUAUAAAAAGAGCUCCAUUAGUUUCUUGUGCCAGUUCGUACAUUAGUCCUGUCUUCAGAAAAAUUGGGCUAGCUGGACCCUCACCUCCGAGGAAUAGAUACACUGGUUUAUCCGGUUUCCAUAAGUCAUGUCUUUCGAAAUACCGCAUCAUCCAUGUUCUGUUAUCAUGAGCAUCGAAGUGAUUCAAAGGUUGUUCUAACCAACUUGUCUGAAUCGCUGGUGAAUCAAACACAGCCAUAGUCUCGUUUAACUCUUUGGCAAGGUAUUCGAAUUCAUUUCCAAAACUGUGGAAAUUCAGACCAUUUACAAUGGUGAAAAGGCUAUUUAUAAGCACACCAAUAACAAACAGGUGUCGGUACAUCGUGCUUGUUAACCGAAUAUUCGUAACUAUUUGGAAAUGAUUCAAAGAUAAGUAAAUAUUUAAAGGUCUGUUAUCUAUUACGUAGGUACUUGCUUUCAUACUAG